AAAAAAAAACCCUCUUCUCUGGCUGGGUGUCCCGUGCCCUCAUUCUCCGGUAGCUUCACGAGAUUCAGGUCCUGUUGUGAAGUUCGCGGAGUUCAGCUAGGCCGUCUGGUUCCGCCCCCCAGAUAAACUCUUACCGGUAGCUAUCAAGAUGCUGGGAUCUUUUUGCAGACGCAGAGCACGAUCUCCUACUUCGGCGCCAGCUGUUAAGCGGUCCGACUAAGGCAGGCGUCCCAGCAGUUAGCAGCCCACCCUGCAGUUCCUAUGCCCCUUCUUCCCCAUGGCGGAAUUGGUCCUCUCUAACCCCACAAGGCUGCAAUCCUAAACCUGGCGGGAAGUUAGCCUCGUUGCGUUCAGAGAUAGGAGUUUGUUCCUGAAGUAUCCACGGGUCUAGGGCGAACUGGGCACUAAAAGUCCCACGGGGAGACGGAUGUCACCAGGAUGCGAUCCUAAACAUGUGGAUUAAGUGCAAGCGAGUCCCGCCUAGGCGAUCGGGCUUGUUAUCCGAGUUAGGCGCUCAGACAAGGGUCAAGGGGCGAUCCGAGCCCCCGUCCUCAUCCGAAACGCGCUACAUUAUCAGAAGUUCCUCCCGUUGGUUUCAGGAGGAACUUCCCAGGAUGUCUGCUGAGCCUGGCACACUUUUUGUUUUGUUUUUUAAGACCCCGAUCCUUAACGUGUUUCCUCAGAAGGCAGGUCGGGAAUUCGUCCUUCCAGAUCUGUUUCUAGGAUCGCAGUGCCAAUGCGCUUAAGGGUCGGGCUGCUGAUUUUACUAAACCCUGGCAGUUCCACGCGCACCAGAGACCGGCUCUUGCCUUUGCUGCCAGGCUUCUGUGCUAUCAUGGGUAGCAAGACUUUGCCAGCCCCGGUGCCCAUCCACCCCUCCCUUCAGCUCACCAACUACUCCUUCUUGCAAGCUUUCAAUGGCCUGCCCGCCGUGCCUUCGGAACACCUGCCCAACCUCUAUGGCUUCAGCGCCCUCCACGCCGUUCAUCUUCACCAGUGGACCCUGGGCUACCCGGCCAUGCAUUUGCCUCGUUCGUCCUUUGCCAAAGUGCCUGGCAUGGCCAGCCUGGUGGACGCCAGAUUCCAGCUGCCUGCCUUCCCUCUCUUCCCGCAUGUCAUCCAUCCCAAACACGAAGCUGCCAAUAUGCCACUCAAAGCCAAGCCCCGAUUUGACUUUGCCAAUCUCGCUGUGGCAGCCACUCAGGAGGACCACUCGAAACUGGGACAGAUCGAUAGCCAAGGCUCCCCUCCAGGCCUGGGCUCCUUGCUCGAGGUGACCAAGCUUUCACCGGAGAAGAAACCCACGCGGGGGAGGUUACCUUCCAAAACCAAGAAGGAAUUUGUGUGCAAAUUCUGCGGCAGGCACUUCACCAAGUCGUACAACCUUUUGAUCCACGAAAGAACCCACACGGACGAAAGGCCGUACACAUGUGACAUUUGCCACAAGGCCUUCAGAAGACAAGAUCACCUGAGGGAUCACAGAUAUAUCCACUCUAAAGAAAAGCCCUUUAAGUGCCAAGAAUGUGGGAAAGGAUUUUGUCAAUCCAGGACUCUAGCUGUUCACAAGACACUUCACACACAAGUAAAGGAACUUAAACCUUCGAAAAUGAAAUGCUAAAGCUUCUAGCCCCCAUGAACUUCACCCCGCACCUGGCAUUCCGAAAUUUAGACCAAAUUCUUGACAGAGACAUUGUGGAGCACUGAACACUAUUAAUUUUAAAUUUGUUAAGAAAAGAAAAACUCAACCCCUCUCCGCAUACAAACGCAGCCAGCCUUCCCAAAAACCUUACACGGAGGAGUGUAAAUCUUGCACGACUCUGCUAAACUUUACGUCAAAAGGUGGUGCUCAAGUAUUGGAGAGGAAUUUUCAUUGUUACGAGGCAAACAACACCCAAAGUAGCUUCCUGAAGUUUUUGCUUUUCUUUAAUUUUUAAAAUUUUCAUCCUUUUUUCUGUAUGCUUGUGUGUGACUGUUUAAAAGGCUUAUCAUUCAUCAUACUUGCAAAGAGAGAAUCCGGAAGAUGGUUCAAAGAAACUGGCUUCAUUUUUUUAGGCACUGCUGAGAUGAGAAGGAAGAUCGCUGAUAAACUCUGUGCUUGAAAGGAAGCAAAUGACCCUCCCAUAUAAUGGAUCUUGUUGUGUCCUCUACAGAUUUUUAACACCCAAGUCUUCCAUCAGUGGGUCUCCUUCCUGCACGCUGUGGCAAACACCCCGGGGGUUUCUGUUUGUUUGUUUGUUUGUGGUCUAGGGCCUUGGAAGUGGUUUGUAACUGGUGGAUUUAUUUAAACAAAGCCAAACACAAAAACACCGAAAGUGGACAAAAGUUGACAACAAUAAAUCAAAGUGACUGCUCUGCCCAGUAUGGUCUUAGUAGUACUUUCAAGUUAGCUUGUGUCUGGAUGGGGAGUGAAUGGAAUUGAUGGGGUGGGGUGGGGUGGGGUGGGGGGUAUUUGACAAAUCUCAGCCUGAGAGUUUUAUCCCCAGUUGUUUUUCCCACCCUCCUUACCAGUGUAAAUAAGAAUAAUAAUGAGACAUUCCAAUAUGUUUUUGGUUAAAGUUAUUGCUAUUUGGCACUUUAUGCUGAUUCUUGAUAACGAACAUUUAUCACUGGAUUUAUUUGUGUGCGUGCGUGUUUUUUU